CCCACUUCCUACGACCUCGUUUAUCAACACCGUCAUUUGAACAUGUUCGUAUCAAUGAAAUGUUCUCCAAAAUUUUGCGGUAAUGGGUAUUAAACUCAGCAUCUGAUCAUAAUGAACAAACAACGUGAACGAUCUCCGGAUGACACCUCCGACCCCUACUACAACCUCGGAUCAUAUCACCGACGCGUGAGCACCGCUAAUCAUCAAGCUCAGCUAUGGUUCGACCGGGGGCUCAUCUGGACAUACGGCUUCAACCAUGAAGAAGCGGUCCGUUGUUUCGAGAAAUCCAUCGCAAUUGAUCCGAAGUGUGCCAUGUCAUACUGGGGCCUCGCUUACGCCCUCGGUCCAAACUACAACAAACCAUGGGAGGUCUUCGAUCAGCAGGAGCUCGAAUCGACAGUGCAGCGCACUCGCAGGGCCGCAGAAGAUGCUAAGGCCAAUGCAAAAACAGCGUCGCCGGUAGAAGCGGCUCUGAUCGACGCCCUGCAGUAUCGGUACCCGCAUGACCGGCCGGCGGGGACUGCUCAUCAUGCCAUGGAAGUGGUAUAUAAACAGCACCCAGAUGACCUAGACGUCGCGGUGCUGUAUGCGGAUGGCUUGAUGAAUCUUACGCCGUGGGCGCUCUGGGAUAUCAAGACUGGACAACCCGCGCCGGACGCGCGUACGUUAGACAUUAAAACUGUCCUCGAUCGUGCGCUGGCACAGAGGGGAGGGCUCUCUCAUCCAGGACUGCUGCAUUUGAUCCCCGGAGAGCGCCUUGACGGCCGCCGACCACCUGCGGGUCUGGUACCUGAUGCAGGGCACCUGAAUCACAUGCCUACGCAUUUGGACAUUCUCUGUGGCGAUUAUCGCCGAGCAGUGGCCUCCAACUCGGAAGCUAUCCGGGCGGACGAAAAGUUCCUCGCUCGUGCGGGCCCCGUCAACUUCUAUACCCUCUAUCGGUCUCACGAUUACCAUUUCCGCAUCUACGCGGCCAUGUUCGCCGGACAGUCAAGGGGCUUCCUCGCUGUGAAAGUGCACGUGCUUAUCCGAUUCGGGCGCUGGGAGGAUAUCCUUGCUCUGGAAUUGCCACAGGACCAGACUCUCUACUGCGUGACUACAUCAAUGACCCACUACGCCAAAGGUGUAGCAUACGCUGCCCUCGGCCAAGUAGACGAGGCAGACAAGGAGCGGGCAAUAUUCCAGAAAUCUCUCGACCUUGUCCCGCCCAGCCGGGCACUAUUCAACAACACCUGCCGUGAUAUUCUGGCCAUUGCGGACGCCAUGCUCGACGGGGAGAUCGAAUACCGCCGAGGGAAUAUCGACGCCGCCUUCAAGCACCUGCAACGGUCCAUCGCGCUGGACGACGGCCUUCCCUACGACGAGCCAUGGGGCUGGAUGCAGCCCACCCGGCAUGCGUAUGGCGCUCUUUUGCUCGAGCAGGGCCAAGUAGAGAAGGCUGCGGAAGUGUACGGUGCCGAUCUGGGGAUGGACGACACUCUGCCGCGGGCCCUGCAGCAUCCGAACAAUGUGUGGUCGUUACAUGGGUAUCACGAGUGUCUGACGAGGCUGGGACGGUCGGCAGAGGCACGGAUCAUCCAGCAGCAGUUAAAACUCGCUGCAGCAACAGCAGAUGUGCCGAUUCGGUCUUCGUGCUUUUGCCGACUCGAGUGCUGUACAUAGUCAAGCACACUGCACUCUUGUAGUGUAGCAUCUGUCCAUAUCCCUUCUUCACUGAACAGCGUAAUGAUGAAAUGAUUGACCAAUAACUGCCAAGGUGUAGAUUCGCUCUGUCGAUCCCAGAUAUCGGCCACGGGUGGAGUUAUGAUUCGCCGGACGAUUUCCGAACUGCU